CGCACACACUUUAAUCACCGCGGACCACUACAAAUCGCAGGCCUCUUUCAAAAAUCUUGCAAACUCAUUCCUAACUUCAAUUUCAUUCCUAAAAACUACUCUAAAAUUACACUUCUGGACAAUUUCAUCACAUAAAGGCAUAAGACCCCGCGUGGUAUAAAACAAGAACGAAAUCUCUCCGAGUCUAGAAUGUUUCUUACGAGAUCAGAAUACGACAGGGGUGUAAACACAUUUUCUCCAGAAGGAAGAUUGUUUCAAGUUGAAUAUGCUAUUGAAGCGAUUAAGCUUGGUUCUACUGCCAUUGGUAUACAGACCUCAGAGGGUGUUGUGCUCGCUGUUGAGAAAAGAAUCACUUCACCCUUAAUGGAGUCCUCUAGCGUAGAGAAGAUUGUUGAAAUUGACAGUCAUAUAGGCUGUGCCAUGAGUGGGCUUAUUGCAGAUUCCAGAACUAUGAUAGACAAAGCUAGAGUGGAGGCCCAGAAUCAUUGGUUCACAUAUAAUGAGAGCAUGAGCCUUGAGAGCAUAACACAAGCAGUGUCAAACCUGGCGUUAGAAUUUGGUGAUGAUGAUGCCAGGGAAGGAGCAAUGAGCCGACCAUUUGGAGUAGCCCUUCUGUUUGGUGGAUUUGAUGAAAAAGGCCCUCAGCUGUUCCACCUUGACCCAUCCGGUACAUUUAUCCAGUAUGAUGCAAAAGCCAUAGGUUCUGGCUCCGAGGGAGCACAACAUGCAUUACAGGAAACAUAUCACCAAUCAAUGACUUUGAGUGAAGCCUGUAAAUCAGCACUGACAAUCCUCAAACAAGUCAUGGAGGAGAAACUCAAUGCAACUAAUGUGGAGCUUGCAACAGUCACUAAAGACAACAAAUUCCGAAUGCACACAAAAGAGGAACUAGAAGCCCUUGUCAAAGACAUCAAGUAACUCACUGUAUAGCAAACAGUAGCAUUUCCUCCAUGUUACCAACAAUUUAUUGCCACGUCAAGGUUGGCAUAACCAUCUGGGAAUCUUUCAGGCAUUAGAAACAAAUGCAUACUAUGGAUCAAUUAAUCUUUUUUUGUCAACCUCAGUUUUAUUCUAGUUGGUCCUUGUAGAAAAUGUAAAGACUCAAGCUCAAAAACAGUGCUCACUACUUCAACCUGUGCAACAUUAUCUUCAUUCCAUUUCUAACCACCUAUUUUGUGAGGUCAUUUCUCUGAGUAACACAGGACAUUUUAUCAGCAAACUCUGAAAACAAAGUUGAAUAAAAAAGUCUUCGUCAUGUG